AUGAUCUCGUCUGUGACCACUUUCUCAGGUCUUUUGACCUCCGUGCUAGCAAUUUCUAGCACUCAUGAUGGCUAUAUUGCUGCCUCAAAUCAAAGCCUGCAAGCUUGUCUCGCAAGCAAGAGCGUCCCGCUUAGCUCGAACUCCUCUUCUGACUGGGCCUCGCUGAUCGAUCCGUACAACCUCCGUCUCAAAUACAUUCCCACUGCUGUCACUCUCCCGAAUACUCCUCAGCAGGUUUCUGAUAUUGUUGUGUGUGCUGCAGCAGCCGGUGUGAAAGUGCAGGCAAGAUCGGGGGGGCAUUCGUACGGCAGCUUCUCGCUCGGCGGAAAGAACGGCAGUCUCGUGGUAGACUUGCGGAACUUCAACACCAUUUCUCUCGAUAAUUCGACUGGCAUUGUAACCGUCGGAGGAGGUGCUCGUCUUGGCAAUCUUGGCUUGGGAAUAUACAAUCAGGGCCAACGAGCGCUCCCACACGGAACUUUCCCAGGCGUGGGAAUCGGCGGACAUUACACCCAUGGGGGCUUUGGCUAUUCGUCUCGUCGUUGGGGCCUCGCGCUUGACACAAUCGUAGCCAUGGAUGUCGUCUUGGCAGACGGUCGUCUUGUGCAUGUCACGCCAGCAAGCUAUCCCGACUUGUACUACGCCCUGCGAGGUGCCGCAGACAGCAUCGGUAUCAUCACAACGUUCCAUCUCCAGACGCAACCGGCGCCGGCUCAAGUUGUGAGCUACGCGUGCAACUUCUCGACAGCUCUGGAGACAGCCGAUGCGGCGGCUGAUAUCGUUUUCAAGCUUCAGACCUUCGUCACCACCUCGCCAUACGUCAAUCGCAAUCUUACACUCGAGGUCUAUACAAGCAUUUUUGGCGAGUUCAGUGUCCGCGGAUGGUAUUUUGGGAACCUAAAUCACUUUACCCAAACUGUCUUUCCAGCAAUUCUUAGCGGGAUGCCAACACCUGAUAACACUACUGUCCAAGAGUACGGCUGGCUAACGGCACUGGAGAAUAUAGCUGAGGGCGAGCCGCUCCGCGAGCCACUGACCGGCUACAACAAUCACCAGACUUUCUACACCAAGUCUGUCGUGACAAGGGAGGCCAAGCCAUUGAGCAAAGUGGCUCUGGCGAGCUAUUUCCGGUACAUUAUCGACAAGGGGCUAACCGCAGCCUUUCCCUGGAACACCUUCAUCUCGCUCUAUGGUGGCAAGGACAGCCAGAUUAAUACGCCUGCGGCCGAUUCUGCCGCCUACUCUCAUCGAGACUCUCUGUGGGUAUUCCAGAAUAUCGGCUCUAGCGCAGAUCGCUUACCGCCGUUCUCGCCAGAAAUUACGACUUUUGUUGACGGCCUUAACGCAGCACUUACUUCCGCGCAACCCGACGGCGACUUCCUAGCCUAUCCUAACUACCUUGAUCCAGCACUGACACCUGCGGAGGCUGCAGACCUCUACUAUGGCCCUGCCACCUACCGUAAGCUUGUCAAGAUUAAGGGUGACGUCGAUCCAGGGGCUGUCUUUUGGAAUCCUCAGGCGAUCGGAAACGCUGUUUUAUAG